UCGAGAUACCCUACUGUAAGCAUCGACUGUUGCGCAUCUCUAUCGAUAACAUUGCCGGCGAAAAUGGAAGUGGAUCAAGCAGCAGCUAGCAAGGAAGCCGAGUCAUGCAUCGACCUCUUGGUGAUCGUGCUGGACACGAACCCAUCGCAGCACAUCGUUCGCCAGAACCCGCAGAACCUCACCCAAAUCCUGGAGGCGGUGAUUGCCUUCGGAAAUGCGCACCUCAUGCAAAAGGCCCAGAACAAACUGGCUGUGCUAUCCUGCUCCCAUCAUGCCACAAAUUUCCUGUAUCCUCUGCCCAGGCGACAAGUGGAAUUGCGCCAAGUGGAUGGGCAAUAUGAAGCCUUUAGUUUGGUGGAGAAGACGGUAAAACAGCAGCUAGGAAGCAUCCUGAUGAAUGCUCCACGUCUCAGUGCUCCUUGCGAGAGUCUCCUGGCUGGCAGUAUGUCCAUGGCACUGUGCUACAUAUCCAGGCUCCAGCGGAAUGUUGCACCUGGCGUCAAGAUGCACUCCCGCAUCCUGGUCUUGACCGGCAGCAAUGAGUGCGCCUCCCAGUACAUGACCUUCAUGAAUGUCUUCUUUACCGCCCAGAAACUGGGCAUUGUGAUCGAUACCUGCGCCCUGGACAAGACACUGAGUUUGCUCCAGCAGGGCUGUGAUAUUACCUCCGGCCAGUUCCUGAAGGUCACCCAAUUGGAUGGCCUGCUGCAGUACCUCUUGUGGGUCUUCCUGCCAGCCCCGCAGAUCCGCCACAAGUUGGUCUUGCCACCACCGCCCAAGGUUGACUAUCGUGCCUCCUGUUUCUGCCAUCGUGAGCUCAUCGACAUUGGCUAUGUCUGCUCGGUCUGCCUGUCGGUGUUCUGCAAAUACAGUCCAAUUUGCACCACUUGCCACACAAUUUUCAAGAAUCCAGGACCUUUGCCAAUUAAAGCUAAAAAGAAAAAGAAAACCGACAAACAAAUGUAAUUUCAGCAGUAGAAAAUGCUGUUGGCCAAAGGGAACAGUAUGUUAAAUAUAAAGGUACUUUUUAAU